UCUAAAAUGAAAAAAUAGUUGGGGAGGGGGGUGACUGGGGAGAGAGGGGGAUUGCUGAAAGUAUAUUGAAGAAACACAAGUCCGUGUAGCACGAUCCUCACAUUUAGCAAAAGAGCUUCCGAUUUUCUGCUACCAGAUUGGAUUAAGAGAUCUUGGCUGGAGCUAGGUUCCCCAGUGAGAGGGGAGAAGGAAGGAGGAAUAAUUCUUCUUCUUUUUUUUUAUAUUGUGCCUGAGGAUUUGUUGAGUUUCAUUAGGUCUGACCGGUUGCUCAGUGAUCAGCAUCAGCAGCCAGUUAGAGAUGUGGUGGAGCAUGAGAAGACCAUGGUCUUGCCAGGUGCUGCUGUGGAGCAUGAGAAGAAGACCAUGGACUGGCCAGGUGCUGCUGUGGUGCAUGAGAAGAGGACCAUGCCCUGGUCAGGUCCUGUGGUGGAGCAUCAGAAGGAGACCAUGGUCUGGCCAAGUCCUCCUGGCUCUCCUAACUUGUUGCCUGGUCCCCGCUUCCAGCCAGAUUCGCUACAGCGUCCCGGAGGAGCUGGACCACGGGGCAUUUGUGGGCAACAUCGCUGAGGACCUGGGCUUGGACAUCUCCAAGCUGUCCCCCCGGCGCUUCAGGAUCGCCUCUGGUAGCAACAAGCAGUACCUGGAGGUCAACCUGGAGAACGGGAUCCUGUUUGUCAACGAGAAGAUCGACCGCGAAGAAGUUUGCGAGUACUUGCCGGUCUGCUCCUUGCACCUGCAGGUGGUGAUGGAGAACCCGCUGGAGCUCUACCGGGUGGAAGUGGAGAUCCUGGACAUCAACGACAACGCGCCCAGCUUCCCCUGGCACGACUACGUGCUGGAGGUGACCGAGUCUGCCGCCCCCGGUGCCCGCUUCCCCCUGGAGAGCGCCCAGGACCCAGACGUGGGCACCAACUCCCUGCGCACCUACAAGCUCAGUCCCAACGGGUUCUUCUCGCUGGAGGUGCAGAGCAGGAGCGACGGGAGCAAGUUUGCGGAGCUGGUGCUGGAGAGGCCCCUGGACCGGGAGCAGCAGAAGAGCCACAGGGUGCUGCUGACUGCCAUGGAUGGGGGCAUCCCUGAGCGCUCUGGCACAGCUCUGAUCAUCAUCAGCGUCCUGGAUGCCAAUGACAACGUGCCCACCUUCGACCAGACUUUCUACCGGGUGAGCCUGCUGGAGAACGCCCCCAGGGGUACCCUGGUCAUCAAACUCAACGCCACCGACCUGGAUGAGGGCACCAACGGGGAGAUUGAGUACUCCUUUAGCGGGCACGCCCCGCAGAGAGUCAGGGACCUGUUCCUGGUGGAGCCCCGCACCGGCAACGUCAGGGUGAAGGGCGUCCUGGACUAUGAGAAGUCCAAUCUCUACGAGCUGUACAUCCAGGCCAAGGACCGCGGCCCCUCCGCGGUGGCGGUGCACUGCCGCGUGCUCCUCAGCCUGCUGGACGCAAACGACAACGCCCCCGAGGUGCUGCUGACCUCGGUGGCCACCCCGGUUAUGGAGGACGCGGCCCCUGGAACGGUCAUCGCCGUAAUCAGCGUGAUGGACCGCGACUCUGGCGAUAACGGGGACGUCAGCUGCGAUAUCCCCGGCGAUGUCCCCUUCCAGCUGCACUCGUCCUACAAGAACUACUACACCCUGGUGACCACCCAGGCGCUGGACAGGGAGACGGUGCCCGAGUACAACCUCACCCUCAGCGCCAGGGACUUCGGCUCCCCACCGCUGAUGACCAAGAAGGUCAUCUCUGUCCAGGUGACCGACAUUAACGACAAUAUCCCGACUUUCCUGCAGCCCACCUACACGGUCUAUGUCCUGGAGAAUAACCCCCCAGGGGCCUCCAUCUGCUCGGUGACUGCCCUGGACCCGGACUCCAACCAGAAUUCCUACUUGUCCUACUCUAUCCUGGAGGGCCAGAUCCAGGGGAUGCCGGUGGCCACCUACGUCUCCAUCAACUCGGACAGCGGGAGCAUUUACGCUUUGCGCUCCUUUGACUAUGAGCAGUUGCGCAGCUUCCAGAUCCGGGCGCAGGCACAGGACGCCGGCUUCCCCCCACUCAGCAGCAAUGUCACCGUCAACGUCUUCAUCCUGGACCAGAACGACAACGUGCCAGUCAUUGUGUCCCCCCUGCCCAAGAAUGGCACGGUGGCCACAGAGGUUCUGCCCAGGUCUGCAGAGCCAGGCUACCUGGUGGGCAAGGUCUCAGCCAUGGAUGCUGACUCUGGCCAGAACGCUCGCCUCUCCUACCAGAUCCUCCAGGCCACCGAUGCCACCCUCUUCAGCAUCGCCCUGUACACCGGGGAGCUGAGGACUAUCCGUGCCCUGACAGACAGAGAUGCCACCAAGCACCGGCUCCUCAUCCAAGUGCGGGACAACGGUCUCCCUGCUCUCUCCACCUCGGUCUCCAUAGUCCUGACGGUGGUGGACAGCGUCCCGGCCACCCCAUCAGAGUUCAACGACCUGCCCCUCAACCCGGAGCCUUCCGCCUCCUCCCUCACCCUCUACCUGAUAGUGUCCCUGGGCUCGGUGUCCUUCACCUUCCUGGUGGCCAUCAUUGUCCUCACGGUCAUCAAGUGCCACAAGGACAGGCUGUCCCUUCAGGACUACAAGUGCGCCCUCCCCACCUGUUGCUGCUGCUGCCUGGGCUCGGGGUCCUCUGGAGACGUCUUCAAGAACUCCAACAUCAACCUGCAGAUCUCCUCUGGGAACAAAGUGCAGACCAACUGCGUGGAGUCCUCCGGGAGUGGCCCCCAAAACUAUUGCUACAAGGUCUGCCUGACCCCUGAGUCUGCCAAGAGCGACUUUAUGUUCCUUAAGCCCUACAACUCCACCACGCAGAACAACGAGAAGGUCCCGGAGAAAACGGCCCCGGGGAAAGGUGGACAGAACGCCCCAGCCGCCAACAAUGCAGUCAACGAGAUAAAGCUUCCCAAUACCGACUGGUCACCGCAAAAGACACAGAAACCCGGCCUUAAAAGCUCGCAGAGUCUCGAAGAUCUUGGAACUCGAAAAGGUGUGAAAAAAGAUCACGACAGACUACGUACACUAGUUUCCCCAGUAACUGACAUAAAAAAGACGCCGCCGACGUCAAACGGAGUUUGGAGCCCCAAGUAUGGUGUACCGUUUCAGCAACACGUGCCAACACUGGACUAUCAACAUAAUGUGUACAUUCCUGGGACACCAACGUUACUGGCCAACAAGCAGGGGCUUUACAGGGAUUAUGAACAGAAAAACAGUUUUUCCACUUUCGGAAAGAAGAGGAAAAUAACAUCUUGUUGCGACGUAAACGACGACAUGAUCAUUAAUAAUGACCUGAAAUGAUUAAGGUCCAACACUGACCACUCCUCUAAAAGACAUGGAGCCGAUGCUGCAUUGUGAGCAGGCUGGACCCCAAGGGGUUAACCAACGAUAUCAUUACUAUGCCAAAAAAGCUGUCUCAACGAACCUACCUGACGUCUGUUUGUGUGUGAUAAUCCUGAAGGCACAAACUGUGACAGCUUCUGAUCUAUAAAGUGCAAUGGGACAGGGAGAUCUAAAAUUAAUCUGUAACACUUAAACAGAUAGUACACUAUAGGCGAGGUAAUAAUGGCGCCAACUAAACGUACACAGAGACAAUGAAAAUAAAUGACGGUGAAGCGGUGUGUUGAGUAAAUGGACAGAAUGCAAUUUCAUUCGGUAAAACAGAUUCAAUGUUGGUGAGAGUGAAAGUCGCUUGUGUGUAAAAAGCAAUUUUCUCUAUCUGCAGUCAAGCGAAAUACUUCCUUCAGGACUGGAGUGAAUGAGAGGACAUCCUUUCUGAAAUGUCAUUUUGAGUUUCAGCCUUUGGCAAUUUCCAUUUAGUGACAGUUCUGUCUUUCAUUGUUAAUAUGUGAAUGUAUCCAGUGAAUAUAUACUUUUUUUUUUUUUUUGUCGGACCCGUGUGCCUGUUUUGCUGAGUGAACGAAGGGUGUAUGUUGUAAACUCACAUUUGCAUAUAUAACGUAUUAACAGCUGAACACGUACAUUGCCACUACAUGUUGAAAAAUUAUAAAUAAUUCCCCAAUCCCCAAACACAUGUAAAUAUAUGUAUAUGCUAUUUUUUUGAACUAACAGUUGUAUUAAAGAGCACUGUACUCACUGUGAUAUUUACUAUUAAUAUGCAAAAGACAAUUUUUUUUUUUACUUUCUUUUUUUAAAUUCAUCCCAGGAGAGGACACUGUCAAGGAAGGAAAUUAAAUGCAAAUGAAAAGGUCAGAAGUGUAAUUAGACAGUUAAAUACACAUAUUAUGUGCCUGCAUGUUUUUUUUUUCAAGUUACGUUUUUUCAUUACUUUUCAUUUUCUUUGAAAUUGCGAAAAACAUGCCGACUCUGAACUUUAACAUCUAGUGGUUUUGGCUGUCGAUGAUAUGAACAGAGCUUUCAAGGCGGCACUUGAUUGGUAUAGAAUCCUGCUAAUUGGAGAACCACAUAUUUUAAAGGCGUCUGAUUCUAAUGGGGUUCCAGUGUAUAAGAUGACAAUGUCUACGCCAAACUUUUAUAGUCGACAUGCAUUAGCUAGACAGGUACACAAGGUCGACAUGGUCAACUUGUCGACAGGUAAAAGGUAGACAGUGCUUAAGGUCAACAGGUACAGCAGGUCACCAUGACAAUGCACCCGCAUGGCCUUAGUAAUUUCUGCGGUUGGAUCGCUCUUUGUGAUCCAACCUGAAUGAGGGCCAUAGGACAGAGGGGGUCAUUCCGAGAUGAUCGUAGCUGUGCUAAAUUUAGCACAGCUACGAUCAUUCACACUGACAUGCGGGAGGACGCCCA